AUGGCAGAGAGCAAAGAGCAAAGCCUCGACGUCGGCUCCAACCCCGCCAGUUUCAGCGAGAAGCCUUCUGGUGAUGGCUACUCGCCUGACCAUGGAUAUGCGGAAAAUGGCGAGGUCAAGACGGUACAGCUUAAGCGGAAGCUGCAGUCGAGACAUCUGCAGAUGAUUGCCAUCGGAGGCACCAUCGGGACUGGUCUGUUCAUUGGUUCUGGAGGCGCGCUGGCGACGAGCGGUCCCGCCGGAACGCUGAUAGCAUAUGCUUUUGUUGGCACGCUGGUGUACUCGGUCAUGGUCGCACUGGGCGAGAUGGCCACCUUCAUUCCAGUGUCAGGCGCCUUUACGACAUUCGCUGCUCGUUUCGUGGAUCCUUCUCUCGGCUUUGCUAUGGGCUGGAUAUAUUGGUUUUCCUGGGCCAUCACCUUCGCGCUGGAGUUGACUGCCAGCGGUCUGAUCAUUCAGUACUGGGCACCAAGCCUUAAUAUUGGCAUCUUCAUUGGAGUCUUUUGGAUAGUGAUCACGAUUUUGAACUUCUUGCCAGUGAAUUUCUAUGGCGAGGUUGAGUUCUACUUCUGCACGAUCAAAAUCAUCACGAUACUCGGAUUUCUAAUAUUCGGCAUCUGUAUUAACGCGGGCGCCGGUCAACAUGGAUACAUCGGCUUCAAAUACUGGCAUAACCCGGGAGCUUUCGCGCCGUCUCUGCUUGAACAAGUCAACAACAAUCUUCCGCUUGCCAAGUUUGUUGGUUUCUGGAGUGUGUUGAUCCAAGCGGGCUUCUCCUAUCAAGGCACAGAGCUGGUCGGCAUUGCGGCUGGUGAGACAGACAACCCGCGCAAGACUGUGCCGGCAGCUAUCAAGAAGACCUUCUACAGGAUUCUAUUUUUCUUCGUCCUAACCGUCUUCUUCAUUGGUAUCCUCAUCCCUUACGACAACAAACAACUCCUCAACGGCUCGACAUCAGCUGCAGCAUCUCCUCUGGUCAUCGCUGCGAAACUAGCUGGCGUCAACAUCCUCCCGGACAUCAUCAACGCCGUCCUCCUGACCGUCGUCCUCAGCGCUGCGAACUCUAACGUUUAUAGCGGGAGCCGCAUCCUCGUCGGUCUUGCUGAGCAAGGAUCAGCACCAAAACUCCUCCUCCGCACCACGAAGACCGGCGUUCCAUACGUCGCAGUCGCUUUCACAUCCGCAUUCGGUCUUCUAGGAUUCAUGAACGAAUCAAACAACGGCGGUACCGUAUUCGACUGGUUCUUGAACAUCACUGCCGUCGCCGGCUUCAUCGCCUGGACCUGCAUCAACAUCUCCCACAUAUGCUUCAUGCGCGCGCUGAAAGCCCAAGGCAUGAACCGCAACGACCUACCGUACAAGGCGUUUUGGCAGCCGUGGUUCUCGUGGUACGGCAUGGUGUUCAACGUCAUUAUCAUCUUCACCCAAGGUUUUACUGCGUUCAUGCCAUGGAACACGAGCAACUUUUUCGUGGCGUACAUCAGUCUGAUCUUGUUUGCGGUGCUGUACUUUGGGCAUAAGAUUGUGUACAGGCAGCCGUUUGUGAAGCCGAGCGAGGCGGAUCUGGAUAGCGGAAGGAGGGAGGUGGAGGACAUGUACUUUGAAGAGAAAAUUCCGACUGGGCCUUGGAGUCGCUUUUGGGCUUGGAUGGGUUGA